UUAUUUUAUUACUCAUUCUUUAACUCAGAUCUUUUUUAGAAGAAACAUAGGUUUUUGUGUCAAUUAUUCCUACCAGUAAAUUUUCUGAAUGGAAGAUCUUAUAAGAAGCAUACCACAUAUAAAUGUGGGUAAUAUUCAAAUGGCUAAUUGGCAAGAUGUAAAAAUCACCCUGUUUCCAGAUUGUUCUGAAUCAAACUGCACUAUCGUUCUAAAUAGUUUAAAAUUCACUUUGAAAUAUCCUCUGCAACGAAAAAAUAUUCACAAAUGUUCCAGCAGUGAGCGAGCCAAAUUCCUGGAAAAUUUCCAGAUUGUUGAUACUGGAAUUAUUAUAGUUAACUUGGAAGAUGUUUGGAAGAAUAGGCAGAAUUUAAACAAGUUGGUUCGUUGGAAACAUGUCAUAAGCAAAGAUGCAUCCAGUUUAAAUUGUAGAGCUUCUCAGUUAGUAUCAAACAUAGAUAAUGUAUUGAACUCUAGUUUCUUACCGUCUUGUGACUCUAUAGCAAAAUUACCCAAUCAGAUCAUAUGGUCUGUCCCUCAUAUCUCUGUGCAAGGAAAUCCCAUGGCUAGUUGGUCUGAUAUUAGAGAUGUUCUAUUUCCCGGUUGUACUGGAAAAAACUGUACCAUUGUGUUAAACUGCCUUCGUCUAAAGCUGAAGUAUCCUUUAAUAACGCAGAAUAUCUAUACGUGUUCUUCCAAACAGCAAUCAAGGUUUCUCAGCAAAUUUCAAAUGCUUCCUAAAAUGGAUACUAUUGUCAAUUUAAAACAAGUUAUAUUCCAUUGGUCGUGCUUGGUUGAAAUGGUUGUUAAAAAACAUUGGGCCACGAAGGACCCAUCUUCUUCUUCGUGCACUUUAUUUUCACUUUACCAUUCCAUAGCCAAUACAAAUAACACUAUCAACAGCGCCAAUUUCCAGGGCUCUACUUCUGAAUUAUAUUCGCUUAGCCUUUUACCGUUCUCCGGUGCUGACGGUUUAAUGUAUAACCUGCCAGGAUUUAUCAGAACUGACAACAGAGGACAGAGACAAGCUUAUGUGCCAAUACACGCCCUCUUAAACGUGUUUCCUGCUAUGUCACUGACUGUAAAAGAUAUUUUGAGAUGGCAAUUUCAUAUAACUACCUUAAACAGCUGGAGCAAUCAAGAAACAAACUGGGAUCAGCCAGUUAUUUUGUGUCCCCGGAAGUUAACAGCCCAGAUGCCAGACAUUUUGACACAAACAGGUUUUUUAUGUUCCUAUAUAACGUCACAGACCAUGUUACUGAACUGGACAAUCUUCAUGAGAGCUCUUUACCGUAUGUCCCCACCUUCAACGGCAACUAUUCUAUGGGAGGAGAAGUUCUAUUCUCACAAGAGUCCCGGGACCAGUAUAUUGAAAAUUCAUUUAUCAAAAAAUAAUACUAAUAGGAAUAAUAAUAGCCAGAAUAGACAGGAACUAAGUCGAACUACAGAAAACAACUCCUCUGAAAAAGUUUUAAAUUAUCAAUUAUUGCUAUGGGAAUACCAAAAGAGCAAACAACGAGCGCUUAUUUUUUUGAAGACUACCAGUGUUAACAAUGGAGCAGAAGCAGGUGGCACACCUUUUAAGAACUGGUUGCAUCUCACGAAGAAAACAAUUACUUUUUGUCGUUCAAACAAACCCAACAGAAACCAACUGAAUGAUGUUAACGUCAGUGGAAACAAGACAAACGACAAAACUAGUCAGACGGUGCCACUAAGCCGAACAAAAACCUGUAUUGUAGCUACUGAUAAAAAAAAUGCAGGUACCCGCCCGGAAAAACUGAAUUUUAACCAUAAAAAGCAGCUACCUCAUUAUUUACCUAAAGAGAAAAAUACUAACCCUCAAAUAUAUUCAUCAACUCCAACAUCAGGUAAGAAAUCGGGUUUAACAUUAAAUGCAAGAUCUCAUCAAGAAAAGCUACACUCCAAAGAGAACAAUGAUUCUGUUAAUUUUUUAGCUAAACGAAAAACAGCAGAAAAGUCGACAGUACCAACAUCAUCAAGUGGGAAAACUUCAACUCGACGUGUUCUGCAAACGUAUGGUCAUUCAGAAAGAAAAUGUAAAGUUCCUAUUCAAAACAGUAAAAAAUUGAGCAAACAAAAGAAAAGAACAAUGAUUAUGAAAAAUGGAACGUCCUUGAAAUACAAAAAGGAACUACAACGAAAUUGUAAAGGAAUGCUUAACAUUACUAAUAAUUCCCGAUCAAGAUUUAACAACAAAGAGAAUAUUCGAGAAGUGUCUAGUGAUGUAGGGGAAAAUUAUCCUUCAAAAGUGAACCAGGGCUUUAUCAAUGUCGAUUGGAAAUCAAUCUAUCCAGUUCACGGAUCCCUGAUAAAAGCUAAACCAAUUAAAAAGAAUAUCUUGAUGCGAGAGUUGUUGAAAAAAGAUAUUGACCUCCUGAGAGAGACGGCGAAAUUGGUGUGUACGUGCAGAGAUGCUUAUCGGCCAGCGGAUAAAGCUCCUUUGUGUAGAUUCUUGCAGCAGAAAUUCAACACGAACAGCAGUCAUUGUUUGGUCCAUUCGCUUAUUGUUGGAGAAAAACCGCAAAGAAAAACGCGAAACAGCGAUCCCAAAUUAGAGAGUACAUCGCUAGAACCCAAGGACAAUGCAAAUGAUAACAACAAGUUGACAUCUACCAAAGAGAAAUUAUUUUUUGUCAGACAUCCAAAGAAAGUAAUGCUUGAUGCUUAUCAUAGACAGAAACCAGAAGUCGAGUAAUACGAGUUGAGUGUGGGGUUUUAUAUCACUGAUGCAUAAGUAUUGCAUUAUUACCAGAAAUCCAACUGAGGUGGAGUCGGCCGAGAUACCAGAAUACUCCGGACUGAAUGUUUCACUACAACCACUUCGAUACCGCCCAGUCUCACUACCAAUUCUAUUGAGUUUUACUUCGGUUUUCAUUUAAUCUGGAAUCGAGAAAGUUAUCAGAUGUAAAUGUGCAUCAUUUGCAUCCUCGGGUAGGUGCAAUCGAUCAUGCCGUUCUCUACCAAAAAUUUGCCUUACUCUGACUCGAAGAAUAUCAAUAUUCACGAAAAUCUAUAUUCUCUCUUUCUCUCUCACUCCAUAUCUAUCUAUCUAUCUAUCUA